AUGUCGACACUUAAAAUAUUUGCAAAGACAGGCAAUCAUAAGGUUUCAGUUAUUGAAUACGACAACGAGAAAAUGAAUUCAAAAGUAAGCACUCGCUUUAUUGAGCAGUGGGUAAAUGAGAUUCUCACUGAUUGUCAAGAUCUUAACAUUCCUGGGACUAUUAGCAAACCAGAGCACAAAUAGCCUUUGUCUAGAUAUGGCAUGGAUAGAAUGCAUCUUACAAAUUAAGGCAUACCUAAUGAUCUGGUCAACAGAAUAUAUAACAGCCUAUUUGUGUACACUUUAGGUUUUUACAGUUUAAUAAAAGAGGCAACUAAAAAUAUAAUUGAUGAGCGAAUCGCAACUCAAUCCAAGAUUUGGAAAGUUUAUCAGAUACUUCUAGAGUAUUGCUGCAGGACUGACUACUUAAUGAUCACUUAAUAGAUUGAGUUGGUAAAUUAGCAAUAGACUGAGGAGACUGAAGGCAAGUACAAAGAUACCAUUGAGAAGUUAGAAAAGGUUGAGAGCGAACUCAAAGGUGAAAUGAGAAGACUUUAGACUAAGUACGACGAUAUAUUAAUCUAGAAGAAUGAGGAAAAGGACUAGAAAUCAAAGCUACUUUAAGACUUUCAAAAGACUACUUAGAAGCAUGAAGAGGAGGUUUAAUUGAGGCUAUAUUUUGAAUCUAAACUGAAUUCUCUUCAUCAUGUGAAUAGAGCACUAACUACAAAAUUUAAAAAUCAAAAGAUGAAGCUUUCAGACUUAAUGAUCAAGCAUAAGGAUUUAUAAGUAUUACAAGAUUAAACCAAAACAGAGUUAGACAAGACAAUAGAAGAUAAUUUCAAGCUGAGGAAGUAAGUUGAGGAUUUUAUCAUUAAGUAAGAGGCAGCUGAUGAAAAUAUCUAAGAUCUAGAAAUGAAACUCAGAGAAACUGAAGGUAACCACAAGUAUGCAAAAAUGAGACUUGAUAGGGCUAAGUAAGAUUUGGAGUUGUUACUAAAGGAUAAAAACAGACUGGAGAUGGAUUUGCAGAAUCUGCGAAACUUUGUUGAGGGUAGAGUGAAUGAGCAUUCCAAUGUGGAGUCGUAUCUAAGUUAGGUGACUGUGAGGAAAGAUGAAUUGGAACAACAACUGAUGCAAGUAAAAAUGAUAGAGGACAGGAAUAGGAAAAAGAUUCAAUUUUACAAGUCAGAGUUCACUGGAUAUGACUUAUCUAAAUAGUAGUUAGAAGGACAAAUUAAUGAGCAUAGGACUGAAAUUAGAGAAUUACAGCAAAAAAAAUUAAAGCAAUAAGACAAGAUAAAAAAGAAAUAGCAUCAAGUACGUGAUUUGAAAUAGUAACUUGAAUAGUUAAAAUAGGAAAAUGCUGAGAUAAAUGAAUAAAACGAAUAACAAUCUGAAGAGAUCAAGAACAUGAAGUAGACUUUGAAUGAUCUAGAGUAUAAGCAGAGCCUAUUCAACGUGGAGAAAAGCGAGCUGGACAAUUAUAUAUCUUAAUUAGAGGCUGAACUUGAGGCUCUCAAGGAAAAGUAUAGUGAGAACAAUAGAAACUUAAAGUUACAGGCAUUAAAUGAAAAGGAUUCAAGAGAUGGAUGGAAAGAUAGAUACGAAAAGUAAACAGACAGUCUGAUGAAUGCAGAGUCAAUGUUGAACAGCACGAGGCUAGAGUUGCAGGAAGUACUUUUAAAGUAUAAAACACUAGAUAGGCUGAUUCUAGAUGCAAACUAAUUAAGAGAUGCUUUUAAGCAUGACAGAGACUCGAUGCUAGUUAGAGUGAAUGAAGCUACAAUGUAUAUUGAGAAGCUUGAAAGGGAACUGAAUACUAAGAGAAAGAUAUUAGAGGAUUAUGACGCUAUAAAGAAGGUUGAAGUUAAAGAACUAAUGGUAAAAGUAAUUGCCUUUGAAAAACUUGUUCCUAGAUUAUAGAUGACGAUUGAAGACCAUGUUAGUGAUCUUCUUUUAAAAGAUAAGAACAAAUUGAAUGCUAGAAGUAACGAGCUUAAUGAUUAGUGUACUGAUUUAAAGGAAAAUUUAAAGGAGCUCGAGCAAAAAUUGAGCUCUUAGAUAAAGAUAACUGAAAAUUUAGAGACUGAUGUGGACUGGUACAAAAUUGAGAAGGCUAGACUUGAAGAAGAAAUAGAUAGUAGGCGAGGUUAGUUUGAGUUCAUGAAGAUUGAGCUUUAAAAGUACAAAUCAGUGAUAGGGUUACUAGAAAAGGCCGAUGCAGGUACAUAAAUAGGUGAUCUAAGGUCUGAUAAUUCAACUUAAACUGAAAUGACUUUUGAGAAAGGUAGAAUGAUUGUGUACUAGUAAAAUGGUCCUGCUCUGAAUAAAAAUAAAAAUCCAUCAAAAGAAGAUUUGGAAAGUGACAGAAAGUUGAAGCCAAUGUUCCAAAGACAGCCCACAGGGAAUUAUAAGAAUUCGGGAAGUGGUUCAAAUAUUCGACCAUAUAAAGGACUGAAGCCAGAUUUAAUAUUGGAGGAGGGUACACAUCUUUCAAUAGGUGAAGACUCCUAUUCUUUAAAUACAAACAGUAAGAACAGUAAGGGAAGCCGCAAUAGUUAAAUGUUUAAAAGAGCAGUAACUUAGCAUAGAAUGAGUAGAAAUAGCGUGCUUUUAAACAAUUCCAGUGGAAAAUCAAAUAUUGUGGAUCCUUACCAAGAUUUGCCACAUUAGGCCAUGAAUCAGACGAUGACUAAUAUGAACUCACACUAUGUUAACAUAGAGAUCAAAAGGAGGAAUGGCAUGGGAGAGACAACAAUUGAUCUUAGCCAAAGACUUAAUACUGCUAACAAAUUAACUAAUCCCACUUCUUCUGAGAGAGCUUCUUCAAAUCAAAGACCAAGAUAUCAUGAAGGGGAAGUAAUAAAAAGAUUGCUUAAGAAUGCGAUUAUCAAGAAUCUUUGA